CAGCCCCCGGCCCGGCCCGGAGGGAUGCGGAGCGGCGGCGGCGGCGGCUGUGGCUUUAAGAGCGCGCCCGGGGCCCGGGAUCCGGCCGGGCGGUCCUUCGCUGCUGCGCAUCCCCGCGGAGCCGACCGCGGCGCGGGCCGGACGGGGCUGCUGGCUGCCGGGCUGCUGAGAACCAGCCCGAGACCUCUGCUUGAGGGUCCUUCCUCUGAAGACAUCACCAGUGUGUGGAGCCUGCCGCACACCCACCCCCCGCCAAACCACGGCCUUUACCUGCGUCUUCCGGUGUUUCCCGUGCGACCCGUCCUGUGGGAGUGCCUCGUGGGCCACCCCAGAGUUCACCCCCAGCUCAGCAGCGCCAAUGGUGAAGAUGACCAGAUCCAAGACUUUCCAGGCUUAUCUGCCUUCUUGCCACCGGACCUACAGCUGCAUUCACUGCAGAGCCCACUUGGCCAAUCAUGACGAACUUAUUUCCAAGUCGUUCCAAGGAAGUCAAGGACGAGCAUACCUCUUUAACUCAGUAGUUAACGUGGGCUGCGGGCCGGCGGAAGAGCGCGUGUUGCUAACAGGACUGCACGCCGUCGCAGACAUUUACUGUGAAAACUGCAAAACCACCCUGGGCUGGAAAUAUGAACACGCCUUCGAAAGCAGCCAGAAGUAUAAGGAAGGCAAGUACAUCAUUGAGCUAGCACACAUGAUCAAGGACAAUGGCUGGGACUGAUGGGAGAGCCUCCAGCCAACCCAGCGUCCACGUGAAUGCCAUCCAACCGAACAUUCUACCCAAGCGUGAGAGAGUGACUGAACACGUGGUUCCAUCCAUUUAGGGGCCUUGCCAUCUGGGGCAUUCUCCCACCCUGACGCCGUCUUUCUGGUGACCGGCCUCUAAACCGCUGUCUCUCUGUCUCUUUGCUUUGUAUCUGUUUGUGAGUUGAUCCUGGCUUCUCUCUCUGUUCUAGUGUUGGCUGAAAAAACAAAACAACAGAAGGAACAGACACCUGCCCGCGUGGCGGCAGCCCACUUGGACGAAGGCCCCAGGGCCCCUGCAGAGCUGCCCGAAGGCCGCUGGGCGGGAGCACAGUGGCCCAGCCCGGGGGUGUGAGGGUCCCGGGUGGGCAGGGCACGGGCGGGGAGAGGUAGGCGCAGACGUGUGCUGCUCCUGGAGACCUGGGAACUUAGGCUUGAAAUAAUCGACUUGUCUAAGAGGACAAAGAGGAAAAAAAAAAAAUACCUCAUGACUGCAUUCUCUCUGAUCAGAAGCUUCUGUUCCUGCCACCAAAUGUGCCAGGUUAGCGAGUGAGGGCACAAGAAGGAUGGCCCCUGGUCUUCGCUGGCGGGGCAGGGGGCCGGCCUGGUUCUCCCAGGCCGAGCUGGUGGGGGGAGCAGUGUGUCCUGGCAGCAGGGGAUGACUUGGGAAAAGCCCAGAAGGUUUUGAUGCCUGAUGCCUCACUGCUCCUGUAGGUGAUCUCUGCCUCUUCAGCCACUGUUGGUGACAGGAGAGGGGACUGUCAUUUGCAAUGUGCGCGAGAUGCAAAUAUCCCAAAGGCUUUGACCAGCAAUCAAGUGAAAAAAAAAAAGAAUCAAUGAUUGAGGAUAACAGGGAACACAGUGGGGGAGGUGCAGUUGGAGCUCUUGCAGAAAUGGCCUUGAUCUUGGGCUUGAGAAAAUAAAAAAAUAGAACCAGUUAGCAAUUCCGACUGACCUUUUUUUCUGAACCUUCACAAGAGAAGAGCACUGUGGCAAGGAAGUGGGGGUGGGUGGGGCAGAGCCUGGAAUAGUUUAGGUUUGAACUGUUACAGGUUAAGUGCAUCUUUUUUUUUUCCCGGUAUGCAUUGGCUUCACUGAGAACAGCAGUUCUUUAUGUGUAUGAGUUUUUGGGUGUUUUCCUCCAGUUCUACCAUUGUAGUUGCGGAAAACAAAAUCCCAAGGCUUCGAGUUCAGUGAUAACCUGGCCGGCAGAUUCCUCAUGCCCCUAGCUUGUUCUCUUUGUACUUGAAUGUUUUUGUGUGGAGAGAAAUCUGUCUGUGUGAUCCAGCAAUGAGAAGGUCUUCAAUUUGAUGUCAGACGGCAAGUUAUAAAUUCCAGUGUUACACCCCACCCCAGACCUCCCCAUCCAAAGCUCAUUAUAUUAGGGAAGUGGGGAACGCAUCUCUGUGAGGCUCAUGAGAGAAGAGUUUGUUGCAUUUAAUCAACACUGUGAAGUCUGUUCUACAGCAAUUUAACCAGUAUGCAGUGCAUGACCGAAACUCAUUUAACUGAGAUAAUUUCAUUGCUUAGACUGAAAAUAUUAUCAUUGCUAAGAUAUGUGUAGGUUAUGUUAGGUAAUUCUCAGCAUCUCAUUCUCCCAGUAGGCUGAUCCUAUAGGAAAAUUCACCUUAAAAGUCACAAAAGAGUGAGUUGAAGGAGACGAGAACCUGUAAAAUUGUUAAGCAAGAUUAAAGCAGCCAACCCGGGACGUUUUCAGAAUGGAACCAGAUUCCCAGAGAGGGUGAGUCUGUCGUGGAAAUGCCUUUUUGUGUCUCUGUGGGCUGCUAGUGGAGCGCGGGGCCUGAGAUGCUCAUGGUCCUGCCCUGGCAGUGCUGGGCGGAGAGCUAACGGGAAGCCAGGUAGCCCCGCUUUUAGCAGCAGACGGCAUCCGUGAAACAAAGAGGGUUCUGCAAAACCAAAUUUUGUUCCCACAAGCUUCUUGGCCCACAUCGUUUGGUGCUUUAGCAACCCUGGGAGAUUAAGUUCUCUCCACGUUACUAAAAAGCAGACCGAGAUUUAGAAGUCUUUCAUUUCCAAUCCCAGAGAAACAGUUCCUCUGGCUCCCAGGCCCAAGAUCUCAAUUAAAAAAAAAAAAUCAUUUUCAACUUUCACAUUCCUAAGCUGGUUUGCCAGCCCAGAAUUCAUAAAUUCCCCUCUGCAUCCCUGCUGAAAGUAGUGGCUCUCAUUUCUGUGUUUUGAUUAGCCCCUUUACUCAGGGAACGUCCUGGCUAUUGAUAAUCCUUUCCAGGAAAAGAAAACAGGCAGGGUCAGGGUGGGGGGAACGUGUAGGUGUGUAAAAACCGAGCAUGGUCAUAUACUGGAUGUGAGGUGCCCUAGAAUGUUCAAGGGGCAGAGGAGACUGGAGUGCCACUGUUCAUCUUUGGGGGUGGGGCCUCUGACUCUUGCAUGGAUCAGAGCAGGCUCCAGUUAGACCCAGGUUCUGUUGUUUUGUUUUGCUUUAAUUUAAAUUACUAUCCAUUGAGCAUCCAGUGGGCACAUGGUGCAAGAGAGCUGAACAAAAUGCUGGUUUUUCCAUAAUGACAAGGGUACAAAAAAAAACACCCAACUCAUUAGGCUUUCCCGAAGAAGAAGAACCAAAAGUGCUUUUUACAACUUGAGCUCCAUUCUUGGCUUGCCUACUAAUGUCUGGCAGUAUCGUAGAGACCGCAGCUGAGUGAGGGAGAUGCCUCAGUCGGUUCAUUUUUUAAUUUCCUCACCAAAUUUUGGACUCAGAGCAUAACCAAAGACCUCAUCCGUUCGCCCCUGGUGGGUUUGGGGAACUGGAGUUUGAUGGUAAAGCUUAGGGGUGCCCGGAGUAGAGAAAGGGAGGAGAAAGGAAAAAGGCAUGACGUGCUAGACCUCAGCCAGCAGCUGCCUUCCUCUUGAGCUGCAGUCCAGCCAGCAGAUUCUAGUUCCAUCUCCCUCGUGCCUCCCCAGGUCAUAUGGCGUGGGCGGCCCUGGAUUACACCCAGCCCGCUGGGAUAUUAGUCUCAGCCGCUGAUGGGGUGAGUUGAUGUGUAUCCAACCCAGCCGAGCUCAGUGUCCCCGGAACGUCAGCUGGGCCUGCCCAAUUCCCCGGACAACAAGAUGACAGAGAUAAGAUAGAGUCAGUCUUUACUGGUGGAUCAGUGUGUAAAAGACAGGUGUCCCCUUUAUAAAAAGAUUUUCAAGAGGAUAUAUAAGAAACAGUUGCUUGUGAAAUAUACUUUUGUAAAUAAUAUUUAAUUUUUUAAAUAAUAUAUUUGGUGCUGUUUUCUCAGAUCCCCUGAGAGCACUUUUUAUUUUUCAUUUUUAAAUUCUCUAGUUUCCUCUGCAUUUCUUGAAGUAUAUUUUAAGGGAAACAGUGAUCACCAGUAUACUCUCGCAAAAGAAAAGGAAAGAAAAAAAAAAAUCUCCAUCACUUUAGUCUGGACAGAGGCAAUAAAUGAAGCAAUGUCUCUGUAUUUCUUCCCAAUGGAACAGACUCUGCAGUACAUUACCAGGUUGAGAACUGAAAUACUUUCUUGUACCGCUAUUGGCCAGAAAAGAAAAUAAAUCAAAUAAAUUUAGUAACAACUUAGAGCGAUUCCUCUUGUUGGAAGAAUUUCCAACAGAUUGGAAUCUUGUUUUUAAUUGUUUGUGUAAGUGUGUGUGCGCCCAUGUGUGCGUGUGUGUGCGUGUGUGUGUGCGUGUAAAGCACUUUGCAUCGUGCCUGCGGUUUUCGUUUUGGGGGGGACAGUAUUCCUACAGUUUACACCCUGGGCACAGAAGAGUUUUCUUCUCUUUCUCUCUGCUGGCUUUGUUUCUGAGUGGACCAACAGCACAACCCUCGAGGAGUUUGUUUCCCCGAGCACGGAGCUGUUGCGUGUUUGCUGCCUCACGUGCUCAGCUUUCACAGACUGUAAAGGAAAUCUGUUGUUCGUGAAGAGCCAGCAGUCACAGCUGUGUCCCUCCCUGAGAGGUGAGGGUGCUCAUCAUGGACCCCGGGCUCCAGUUGUUGUGGAAGCCACAUCGUGUUAAACAUUAAACUCGUUUGGGUUGAAAAGAAUGUCAGUAAAAUAAUACACAUAUUUUGUAGGUAAAUAGCUUUUUUUUUUUUUUAAGGUCGCAUUGCCUCAGGUUCAGGAAGAGGCUGGGAAAUCAAAUAUUGAUCACAAUCAACUUAGAUUUUUUUUAAAAAGUGAGUCUGCCUCAAAUGAGAAAACAUGCUAGUGGUCUAGGUCGAGGAAAGAGAUAUAUUAAUAUUUAAUAUUUAAAAUUAAGAUAACGUCAUGAAAUCAGCCAGCAGUGAAAGGUAAAGGCCAAGAAGAAACAAGCCGUUCUCAUAGUAUCAAAUUCUACCUGCCCGUAUGUUUUUGUAUAACAUGUGGGUGAAAGUGAGAGUCAGUUCCCUUUUCCAACCUGCAGAGACUAUCUUUCAGUACAGACUCUGCCUAUUUAUGCUUGUGUUUACAAACUGUAUUUGUUGGGUUUUGUUUUUCUUUUAUCUUUAUUAUUUUUUUUAGUGGCAUUUUCAGGUCACUUUGCUUCAAUAACAAAGAAAAUUAUUUUCAAGUAAUUUGUCUUCACCAUUUCCUGUGUUUGUACAUAGUGAUUCAGUAUUAGAGAAAAGCGCGUUUCUGUCAUAUUUCCAAUCUGUGUUGGUGCUCAUUUGAGAAAAUAAAGUUUUCAAAUAUGAA